AUGUGGGCAAAAAUAACGUUAUUGAUGUUAGUGAUGUCAAGUGCUGUUGGUGUAAUUGGUUUGCCUUAUACACAAAUAAGGACGGUAAACAUCACUAACAAUCUGGGUGCAAAUAUUGAACUUAAUGUUCAUUGUAAGUCUAAGAAUGAUGAUCUUGGACAACAACAAAUCCCUUACAAAGAUUUUUGGUAUUUCAAAUUUCGUCCCAAUUUUUGGGGAACUACUCUCUUCUACUGUUCCAUGAAUUGGGAACAAAUAUCUCAUUGGUUCAAUAUUUACGUGGAUGCAAGAGACAAUCCAAAAUGUAUUAUUUGUCAAUGGAGUAUACAAGCUAAAGUCUUCUCAAUUUAUGGAUCAAACUGA